GAAAAGCAUCACAGCUGAGUCUGGGCAGAACGUCACUCUGCCAUGUCGAGUUGCAAACAACAACAAUGACAUUGUAGAGUGGAGCAGAGCUGACCUGGGAGAUAAAUAUGUCCUAGUGCUUAAAAACAUGAACCCCAACCCAGAUGACCAGCAUCAAUUUUUUCUGAACCGAGUGGAUAUGCAAGACAGGGAGAUGAAAGAUGGAAAUGUGUCUAUAAUCCUGAAGAAUGUGACGGGUGCUGAUAAUGGAACUUAUGAGUGUCGUGUCUUCAUGGAGAAAACGCAAUCAUGGGAGCACAUGAGCAGCAUCAGCCUCAGAGUUGUUGAUCCUCCAGGUCAGACAGGAGGACACACAGAGGAUGGAUCUGUUGGACUGAAAAUUGGUCUUUCAGUUUCUGCAGUGCUUCUUGUUGCGGCUGUUGUUGGUGGUUUUUUGAUCUACAGAAAACAGAAACAACGUAGUCAGGAUUCAGGUCGUCUUCCUGCUGAAACAAAGGUUGAAAUGUCUAAGAGCUUUCAGAACUCUGAAUCUCCUGCUGCUGAACACAGAGACCCUGAAGCAAACAACUGUCACCAACACUCCACAAGGAUCCCUGAUGUCACUCUGACACUUGAUGAACUACUUCAACCUCGUCCUCCUCAGCAAACAGCAGGACUGCAUCCAGAGAGUGAGAGCAUUGGAUUAUUAAUGUCCAGCAUUUCCAGCCUAAUGCAGUCAAAAGGGUUCAGUGUCUUAGAACAAAUACAUGAAGACAGAAAUUUGUAAAUAUCUUACAGUUACUUCUUGUUUUCUAGAAGUAAAUGGUAAAUGGCCUGUAUUUGUAUAGCACUUUACU